UGUGAGUCUCUCUCUCGCCGUGCAUCUCUCUGUGAGUCUCUCUCUCGCCGUGCAUCUCUGUGAGUCUUUCUUUCUCUCUCGCCGUGCAUCUCUCUGCGAUUCUCGCGCUCGCUGCGAUUCCCUCUCGCUUCGCGAUUCGCGUGGCGGGCGAUGGACGCUCGCCGCGGACGCGCCGAGGCCGUGAAUUGAGUUUCUGAAAAUCCUCCUCGUCCGGGCUUCCUCCUCGUCCGGGCUUCCUCCUCAUCCCUGCGCAUCCUGCGGGCGGAAAAUCCCCGCGCGCGUCGUGGUGGUGGUGCUGCUGCUGCUGGCGGCGUGAGGAGGAGGAGAGGGGGGGGGGGCUCUAACCCGGGGGGGAUCUCAGGGGGGGGGGGGGCGAUUCUCCCCGCUCGGCUCUUCUUGCGCGCGAGGACUCCACCGCCAGCCACCGCCGCCGCCGCAUCAACAGAACGGAGCCAGGAGCUGCGGGGAGUUGUCAGGAGGUGUCAUCUGCCACCGGAUUCCACCGGGAGCCACCAGGACAUGCUAGGAGCUACCGGAGAUCAUCGGGAGUUACCUUGAUCUCGCAGGCUCCAGGUCACCACGAGUCGCCGGGGUCACCGUAAGCCGUUCGGCAACGACCAGGGGCCGCCGGGUGCUGACCCAGAUGUCGCGAUGUGAAGACGAGACGUGAGCCUGCGAUGUGGAGGGGGAGACGCUGAGCUCGAGACGACACGGAGAGGAGAAACGCUCGUCCAGCGAGGUUGCAGACACGAGAGCGCGAGCGGCAGGCUCUGAAACGACCAGCGGGUGAGACUUCGCGUGGCGAGAUGUGACGAGGAUUGAAAUCGUCGACACGUCUCCAGUACCUCACGGGAACUACCGGGGGUUCCCGGCCCCCCCCCCCCCACCCCACCCCCCUUGGAGUUACCCGGAAGCGGGAGCCGACCAGCGGCACGCCGAAUCGGCGCCGGUGCCACGAGCAGCACCGACCCCCGCCCCGCGCAUGGGGGUGGGGGCGGGCGGGCGCCUGCGCGAGCGCGCGAUGGCGCGCAUGGGCGCCGCCCCGCUCGCAGCAGCCUGCCUCGCCUGCCUCGCCGCUUCGUCGGCGCUGGCCGACACGCUGCACCCGGUGGUGACCACCAACUACGGCAAGCUGCGCGGCGUCAAGGUGUCGCUCAACAACGAGAUCCUGGGGCCCGUGCAGCAGUUCCUCGGCGUGCCCUACGCGGCCCCGCCGGUGGGGGAGCGCCGAUUCCUGCCGCCGGAACCGCCGGCGUCGUACGGGCACGUGCGCAACGCCACGGCGUUCGCGCCCGUGUGCCCGCAGAACGUGCAGGGCGUGCUGCUCGAGGUCAUGCUGCCCGUGUGGUUCACGGCCAACAUCGAGGUGGUGGCCGCCUACGUGCAGGAGCAGAGCGAGGACUGCCUCUACCUCAACAUCUACUUGCCCACUGAGGACGGAAGUGCCGCUAGGAAGCGAGCUGAUGGCUCGGCCGCUAGUACCGGCGAGGAACAGCAAGACAUCCGCGACAGCGGCCCGCGUCCCGUCAUGGUCUACAUCCACGGCGGCUCCUACAUGGAGGGCACGGGCAACAUGUUUGAUGGCAGCGUCCUCGCCAGCUACGGCAACGUCAUCGUGGUCACCAUCAACUACCGCCUCGGCGUGCUGGGGUUCCUGAGUACGCACGAUCAGUCGGCGCGCGGGAACUUCGGCCUCCUCGACCAGAUCCAGGCCCUGCGCUGGAUCAGCGACAACAUCGCCGGCUUCGGCGGGGACCCCCAGCGCGUCACCGUGUUCGGCUCCGGCGCCGGCGCCUCCUGCGUCAACCUGCUCACCCUGUCCCACCACUCGGAAGGGCUCUUCCAGAGAGCGAUCACGCAGAGCGGGACGGCGCUGUCGAGCUGGGCCAUCAACUACGACCCCAGCAAGUAUGCGCACACGCUGGCGACGCGCGUGGGCUGCGGCGCGCCGCUCAACACGCAGGACAUGGUGGAGUGCCUGCGCUCGAGGCCGGCUCGCGAGCUCGUGGAGCAGGACGUGCAGCCGGCGCGCUACCACAUCGCCUUCGGGCCCGUCAUCGACGGCGACGUCAUCCCGGACGACCCGCAGAUCCUCAUGGAGCAGGGCGAGUUCCUCAACUACGACGUGAUGAUGGGCAUCAACCAGGGCGAGGGCUUCAAGUUCGUGGAGAACAUGGUGGACGGCGAGGACGGCGUCACGAGCAGCGACUUCGACUUCGCCGUCUCCAACUUCGUGGACAACCUCUACGGCUACCCGGAGCAGGGCAAGGACGAGCUCCGCGAGACCAUCAAGUUCAUGUACACCGACUGGGCGGACCGCGACAACGCGGAGACUCGCCGCAAGACGCUGCUGGCCCUCUUCACCGACCACCAGUGGGUGGCGCCCGCCGUCGCCACGGCCGACCUCCACGCGCAGUACGGCUCGCCCACCUACGUCUACGCCUUCUACCACCACUGCCAGAGCGAGAUGAAGCCCGCGUGGGCCGACGCGGCGCACGGCGACGAGAUCCCGUACGUGUUCGGCGUGCCCAUGGUGGGCCCCACGGAGCUGUUCCCCUGCAACUUCUCCAAGAACGACGUCAUGCUGAGCGCCGUCGUCAUGACCUACUGGAGCAACUUCGCCAAGACCGGCGACCCGAACUCUCCGGUGCCGCAGGACACCAAGUUCAUCCACACGAAGCCCAACCGCUUCGAGGAGGUGGCCUGGUCCAAGUACAACCCCAAGGACCAGCACUACCUGCACAUCGGCCUCAAGCCGCGCGUGCGCGAGCACUACCGCGCCAACAAGGUGGCGUUCUGGCUGGAGCUGGUGCCGCACCUGCACAGCCUGCACGACAUAAACCCGUACCUGUCCACCACGACGCGCGUGCCGUCGCUCGACCACGGCGGCGGCGGCUACCCCACCAUGCGGCCCAACAAGUGGGUGACGCCGACCAACCGGCCGGGCCUGGGCAGUUCCCCGCCCUUCGCGUCCCGGAACCCGCCGGACAACGACCGCAAGACGUUUGGCAUCGGCGGCGGCCCCAACCCGGCGCUGCUGGAGAGCCAGCGCGACUACAGCACGGAGCUGAGCGUCACCAUCGCGGUGGGCGCCUCGCUGCUCUUCCUCAACGUGCUCGCCUUCGCCGCGCUCUACUACCGCAAGGACAAGCGCUACGUCGUCAACUCGCACCGCCGCCACCGCAGCCCCCAGCACGGCGGCCUCGGCGGCGCCGCCAACGAUCUCUCGCUGCGCCACCCGCCGCCCGAGGAGGAGAUCAUGUCCCUGCAGCUCAAGCACGGCGGCGGCCGCGACGGCGAACCCCCGCCGGGCUCCGGCGCGCCCGGCGGCUGCUACGGCGGCCCCGGCGGCGGCGGCGGAGGCGGCGGAGGCGGUGGAGGCUUCCCGCCCGACUACACGCUGGCGCUGCGGCGCUCGCCGGACGACGUUCCGCUGAUGACGCCGAGCACCAUCGCGAUGAUCCCCAACUCGCUCGCGCCCGGCGUGGCCCACCUCCACCAGCAGCAGCAGCAGCAGCUCCACCACGGCCUGCACCUCUCGCAGGCGCAGCCGCUUCACGCCUUCGGCGCGUUCGGGCAGCCGGGCGCGGGCAUGGGCCCCGCGUCCGCUGGGGGGGUCGGCGCCGCGGGGAUAAACAGCGCCACCCUCCCGCACUCGCGCUCGACCACCCGGGUGUAGCGCGCGUCCACGGUGCAAGGGAGGCGGCGGGGGGGGGAAA